GCCAUGGCGGGGCCGGCGGGCGCUGCCAUCGCUGGGGGAAGAUGUUGGCAUUCGGUGAGCAGAUGUCUGCACACCACAGUCAGGUUUCUGAAGAAAACUGGAACUGAGCAGCGGUGGUUGGAGCGGCACUUGAAGGAUCCCUUUGUCAAGGCGUCGAAGCAGCAGCAUUACCGUUGCAGAAGUGCCUUCAAACUACUGGAGAUCGAUGACAAGCUUCAUAUUCUUCGGCCGGGACUUUCUGUUCUCGACUGUGGAGCAGCACCUGGUGCUUGGAGCCAGGUCGCUGUACAGCGGGUCAAUGCCUUGGGUACUGAUCCUGCUGUCCCCACUGGCUUCGUCCUUGGCGUCGACCUCCUGCAGAUUUCUCCUCUGGAAGGAGCAGUUUUCCUGUCAAAGACUGACGUUGCAGACCCCAGCACGCUGAGGACAAUCCAGAGCCUGCUUCCCGCAGGGAAGGCGGACGUUAUCCUGAGCGACAUGGCACCUAACGCCACGGGAAUCAAGGAACUGGAUCACCAGAAGGUGAUCAAUCUGUGCUUGGGCCUUCUGAACCUGUCCCAAAGCAUUCUAAAGCCGAAGGGAACGAUGCUCUGUAAGUUCUGGGAUGGAUCUGAGGCCCGUCUUCUGCAAAACAGACUGAAGGAGCAGUUCCAAGACGUGAGAACUAUAAAGCCUCAGGCCAGCCGGAAGGAGUCUGCGGAAUCUUAUUACUUGGCAAGGCUGUACAAAGGGAAAUGAAAGUUGGGAACUGCAGAUUCUCAAGCAUUGACUGGAAAUCUGAAUUUUAGUAGGUGUCUGAAGAAAAAUCCCACCAUGGAGACCCUGGGAAAACCUGCCACGAUUCUCACAAAGUCCAUCAUGCUCUUUGAAUAUCUGGAGGAAAUGGUUGGGAUUGGAGAGGAACAAUCUGAAAGGAAACCUCUGGGGCUGGAGUAAUGGAAAUGAAAAUAAAAUGGUGAUAUUGUGAGUUUUUAAUGUGUGCUUGAAGAUCAUUGCCCUGUUAAUGUUGUACAUGAGAUGGACCAUAAAGGGGUUUGUCGGAAUCUGAGGGAACAGCGAGGGGAGUUUGAGCCUAUUUAGUGCCUCAUAGAAGCUGGUGCAAUUUAUUAGCACAUAUAAAAAUAGAAAAUGUUUCUGUGCACGUCAGGAUCUGCAUCCUCACGUUGGGAUCUGUAACCCAGCAGUGCGGGAGACACGGCUGGCUCGGGAAUGUUCAGCCCAAUGGCUCUGCUGCCCUUCCUGUGGACACAGGCUAUAUUUAGGAAUUGCUGCUUCAUGGCACUCAGAAAUCCAGUGGCAGUGGGGCCGGGUCAUUGCUGUGCAGAUCAUUUCAGUCAUGUUUCAGGUGUGGCCUGUGGUGGU